AUGGAUACUUGGAUGACGCUGAUGCAGCAGGCCUUGUGGGUGCACGUGCAGGUGGCGGCGCACAACAACCCCGACGACUGCUGGGUGUCGUUCCUGGGAGGUGUGUAUGACCUCUCGCCACUGCUCAAGGAAUCCCAUGGGCGGCUGGCGGAGCCCAUGUUUGCGGCGGCUGGCACAGACAUAUCUCACUGGUUUGACGCGGCAUCAGGCGAUAUCAGGACGUACGUGCACCCAGAGACGCAGCUGCGGGUGCCGUAUUGCCCCCAGGGUGAGUUUGUACACGUGUCCCCCAUGUGGCCGAUCACCGGGAUUGACUGCGGCGGCCGGCCUCCAUGGUGGCAAGACACCACAUACCAGGUGGGCGCGCUGAGCGCAGCGACGCGGCUGGUGCGGAUCAGAAACGUGCUGACGGGGCAGGAGGACAUCCUGGAGGUGCCUGGGGAAGAGACCGUGGCGGAGGUGCAGCAGCGCUACCUUGCAGUCAACUCACACGCAGCCUCCUACACGUGGAAGGCGCUGGCGCGCCGGAGCAGCGGCGGCGCGGGCGCCCCGCUGGAUUUUGUGGAGCUGGACUUGAACAAGAGCCUGGAGGCCAACGGCAUCCCCGACACGCGCGCGGCCUACGAGGCUGCCGGGCUGCCGGGCGACGACGCAGUGCCAGUGCUGCACGUCUACUGGAACGACGACCUGACGUCAGCGUGA